UAUUUGCAAUUAUUUUCAAAUAAAUUUAGUCUCCUUCGUUUAUUUAUAAUUAAAAAAAAAGUUUAAACUAUAUUUUAUUCAUUAAUAUAUAAAAGUCUUGGUGCUUCAUUUCAAAUAAGAAAAUAUUCGCCAUCUCUACGUUAAUAUAUUUAUAGCUAAAUGAAAAAUGAAGAUUUUGAAAAUUGUAUUUCAUCGAGAAAUAAUCAAGUACUGAGUCCAAAAAUGAAUUUUCAAUCACCACAAAAAUUAUUCAUAAAAUGUAGAAAUAUUGAUGAGAGUGAAAAGGAAAUAAUUACAGAAAUAAAUGAACUGGAAACUGGUAGGAUGAACUCGAAAGAAAAUGAUUUUUUCACACCACCGAAAUUAAGUAAUGAUCUUUUUGAUUCAACAAUACCGAAUGAAGAUGAAGUGGCAAAAUUACUCUACGAUUCAGAAAAUAUUCUUAACUUGGAUAGUAUUCAAGUAACAAAUGAUUCGAUCUUAAAUUUUUCCUCUUUAGAUGAGAAUUCUAAUAAUGAAAAUUCAAGUGAAAAAUCUCCAGUCGAUCCUUUGUCACUGGACAAUGUGAAUACAGUGGAAAUGAAAAAUGUAUUGCCAAAUAAAUCAGAAUCGAGAAAAAAUCUGAAUUAUGAUUCCGAUGAUGAAUCGGAAGAUGAAGAGGAAAGCGAAGAUGAAGGAGAGGAUGACGAUGACGAGGACGAAGAAGACAGUGAAGAAGAUGAUGAUGAUGAAGAUGAAGACGACGAAGAAAAUGAGGAAAUUGCAGAAAAACUAUUCAAAACCCAAAAGAAUAAUUCAAAGAAGGAAAUUUUAUCUACAGAAACAAUUGAGAAAUUAAAUAAAUUAGUUAUUAGAUUAACUCACGUGGUUCCACCACAACAUAAAGUGGAAAGUACGUCUGGAUCGAGAACACUUACUAGAAAAGAAUGGAAGGCUUUCGAUAAAUUUUCGAAAAGAAUACGAACUAAAUUUACUGAAAAGGAAGAUAGUAUUAUCAGACAAAAUUGGAAAUUAUUCUGUAAGAUUCACGACUGGGAUGAAAAUGAUGUACAAUCUUUUUUGUAUCUGAAACAUCAGGGCAAAAUAUACAUAAAGAGUUCAUUGGAGAGAAAGAAAUUUGUUCAAUUUUUAGCCAAAGGAUUGCCAUAUCGAACUUUGUUUAGCGUUUACACUAGAUUUCGAUUUUUAUUUAGAAAUCACGCCUAUCAUGGACGAUUCACGCCUGAAGAGGAUAAGAAAAUAAUGAUUUUUAUGAAUUCUUCAAAUGUUGUUAGACAGUGCAAAAUUAGUGAACUCUCGAAAAUUCUAAAACGAACUCACAUUUCAAUCUUUAAAAGGUACCAAAAAUUACUAAAAGCUAAAACUAACAGAAAAAGAAGAAAUAAACAAUCUCAGGAUAAAGUUGUAUGGACUUUGGAAUUAACCGAAAAAUUUUUGGUAAAUUUAAUAAAACUCACGUUAAGUAAAAACGUUAACGAACUCGAGAAUCAAAAAAUACCUCAAGUUGUUUGGAAAGAAAUGAAAAAAAGAAUGGGCAUUGAAGUGAAUGUUUUAAAGUACUUUUGGUUUGGAAGAUUACACUUGCAACUGUUUUCACCUGAUCCGAUCUAUUUGAACGACAUAAAAAUCAAACUAAUCGAAUUUUUAUAUUCAUUGGAAUUGAAGAGCACCAAAGAAAUCAAAUGGGCCGAAGUUUUAAAUAAUUUUGAAGGAAUGACAAUAUUUUUUCUCUCCGAUCUCACUCAUCGAUUGUUGAAACAUAUCAAAAACAAAACAACAAAUUUCACCGAAUCUAUGAAUCAUCUUUACGAGAAAAUUAUUCCUCAAUUAGAAAAUAAUCUCAAAGAUAAAUAUUUACCACGUCUUUGUUAUAAGAAUAAAAAAUUGACAGUUGUAGAUGACAUCGAAGAAAUUGAAUCUAAAAACCUUUCGUCGAAUGAAGAUGACAGUAAAUUGUCAAAAGGACAGGAAAAGAAAGAAAAGAAAUUAAGAACAUUGAAGAAAUCGGACAGUACAGAAAAUAAAAACCUUUCGUCGAAUGAAGAUGACAGUAAAUUGCCAAAGGAACAGGAUAAGAAAGAAAAGAAAUUAAGAACAUUGAAAAAAUCGGACAGUAUAGAAAAUAAGAACCGAGCGUCGAAAGAAAAUGUUAAUAAAUUAACAAAGGAAGUGAGAAAUAAGGAAAGAAAAUUAGGAAAUUUAAAAAAGGAGAGUUCAGAAAAGGAGAAUUUAGAUUGGUCUCUAUCGUUACGUGAAAAAUUUUUGAAAAAGCUCCUUGAAUUAAUGAUUUCCGAUGAUAUUGGAGAAUUAAAAGACGCAUUAAUUCACACUGUCGUUUGGAAAGAAAUGACAAAAUAUUUUCCCGUUCAUCACAGUGAACUGGAAAAUUUAUGGUACAAUGAAUUGCAUUUGCAACUUUAUUCACCGAGACCAAUUUACUUGAACGAUGUGAAAAUAAAAUUAAUAGAAUUAAUCUAUCGAAAACAAUUCGAAAGCGAACAAGAAAUAAAUUGGGAAAUUGUCUGCUGUUCCUUCGAUGGAUUCACCAAAAAUUUUCUUUCUCAAGUUUUCAAUAAUCUCGUUGACGUUGCAAUGAAAGAAAAAAAUUUCUCCAAAUUUGCCGAUAUUACGAAAUAUUUGUACGAAACAACUCUGAUGGAAAUAAAAACUGGAGAAAAUGAUCAAUUCUUGCCACGAAUAAUUUUCGAGAAUGGAAAAAUUCAAUUUGUAGACAUAAAUCUCGAGAAUGAUGAGAAUUAUUGUAAGAGUGAAAAUGAAAUUGACGAUAAAUGGGAAUUAUUAAUGACUUCGAAAUUUAGGGAAAAAUUUCUAAAAUCGUUACUUCGAUUAAAUUUGAGUAUGAAAAUAGAGGAAUUAAAAGAUGCUGAGAUUCCAGACGUUGUUUGGAUGGAAAUGGAAAAAGAACUCAAAACUGAUAUGAAAAUUUUGAUGAAUUUAUGGUACAAGGAAAUGCAUUUACAAUUAUUUUCUCCACGUCCUAUUUAUUUAAAUGACAUCAAAAUUUGUUUGAUAGAAUUAAUCUACAAUUGUCGAAUAACGGACGAGAAGCAAAUAAAUUGGGACGAAAUUUCUUCCCAUUUCGAUGGAAUGACGGAAAUUUUUCUUUCGGAAAUUUUUGUCGAUCUUCUUAAUUUUGCGUCGAAAGAAAUCAAUUCUUCGAAAUUUACCGAAAUUAUCAAAUAUUUGUACGAGACAAUGUUCUUGAAACUAAAGGAAGGAGAAUUUGACAAAUGUUUGCCUCGAAUAUGUUUUGAAAAUGACGAGAUUCAAGUAAUUGAUGAAAAAAUUGAAAACGAUGUGACUUGCAAGAGGGAGGAAAAUGUUGAAAGUGAAAUUGCAAACGAAAUGGAAAACUUUUGGACAGUACCUAUGAGAGAAAUAUUUUUAGAAUGUCUUCUUUGCGUGAAUUUAAGUGAGACGAUAGAAGAAUUAAAAGAUGCAUUCAUUCCAGGAGUUGUUUGGAAAGAAAUGGAAAAACAAUUAGAAAUUGAUAGAAAUAUUCUGGAAAACUUGUGGUACAAAGAAUUGCAUUUGCAACUAUUUUCUCCAAGGCCCAUUUAUUUAAACGACAUCAAAAUGUAUUUAAUAGAAUUAAUCUACAAAAGUGAAGUCACAGAUUUCGAUGACAUAGAUUGGAAUGAAAUUUCUUCUCAUUUCGAUGGUAUGACGACAGUUUUCCUCUCUCAGGUUUUCCAAGAACUUGUUGAAUCAACGUCAAAAAUAAUAAAUUCUAAAAAAUUUUGUGAUAUUAUAGAUUACAUGAAUGAAAUAACGUUUAACGAGAUAAAAAAUAGUUCCUCCGACCAAAUGCUACCUCAAAUUAUAUUUAAUAAUGGAAAAAUAAGCACUGUAGAAAGUGAGAAGAAAAGUUAACUUAAUUAAUAAGAACAGAUUUUAGAAAAUUCUUCUAAAGAAUCAAAAGUCAAUGAUAACUGUAAAAAUACAAAGAUUAUUAAUAAUUAAAAUUUUAUAUUUUACGUUGGUAAAAUUAAAAUAAACUCUAUUUUCAUACUUUUAAA